UGCUCUUCUUCUUUCUCAAUUCUCAUCAAUCCAAUGCAGUCCAAUCACUCAAUAAAAAGUUAACUUAGUAAAACCCAAUUGCUUGUUUGUUUCUUUUCACAUACACAUAUAAUAAAUAAAGGAUUCUCUUUUUAAAAAAAUCUGACCACAUCUCUGUAUGUGUGAGUUUUUGGCCUAUGUUUUGGCUUUUUCUGUUGUGUUUGUAUCUUUGUGGUAUAUAUUACUUAAAAAUAAAAAUAGUAGAGGGAGAGGAUGUUGAUCUUGAAAGGAUAUGGUUUAGAGUUUCAUUGAAGGAGAAAAAUAGCUCAAACAUAGAAUUUGUUGGGAUUAGUUCAUAUUCCAAUAUUAUCAGAUCUCAAGGUUACCACCUUAGUCUCUUUUCUUUAUCAAGAAGAUUCCCUUUUUAUUCGUUCAUUCUAAUAACUAAUAAUAGAUGGAUGCCCAUUUCUCAUAAUUGUGUAAAGAUAGCAUCUUUGGUGUUAGGAAAAAAUAUUGGAAGUUGAAAAAAGCAGGAUUUGUGGUUGUUAUUAUUGAGUGAAAACAGCAACUAUCUUUUUUUUCUUUUUAAGCAAAUUGUUUCUGAGAGUGACCCUUUAUGGAUGAAGAAGUGGGUUUUGAUGUAAAGAAUGUAUUCUUGUUGUCUUAAUGUUUUAUGGGGAGGUUUUGUUAGGCAAGUAAUCCAAUUUCUGACAAGAUAAAUUGUAGAAAAGUAGAGAAUGGAGAGAAAGUGGUGUAUGUUCUUGUAUGUGGUAGCAUUGAUGGAGAGUUGUUAUGCUUCUCUUUCCCCUACUGGUAUCAACUAUGAAGUUGUUGCUUUGAUUGAAAUUAAGAAGGCCUUACAUGAUCCUUACAAUGUUCUUGAGAAUUGGGAUGUCACUUCUGUUGACCCUUGCAGUUGGAGAAUGGUUACAUGUUCAAAUGAUGGUUAUGUUUCUUCUCUUGGACUACCUAGUCAAAGUUUAUCUGGAACCUUGUCACCUGGAAUUGGAAACCUCACUAAAUUGGAAUCUAUAUUGCUGCAAAAUAAUGCUAUUUAUGGUUAUAUUCCUGAUGUGGUUGGUAAUUUAGAAAGUCUUCAGACACUUGAUCUCUCCAACAACAAAUUUGAUGGGGAAAUACCUGCUUCUUUCGGAGAUCUCAAUAAUUUGAAUUAUUUACGAUUAAACAACAAUAGCCUCACAGGAACCAUUCCUCAAUCUCUCUCAAACAUUGGAGGCCUCGCUCUCGUGGAUGUUUCUUUUAAUAAUCUAAGUGGUCCAUUGCCCAAAAUAUCUGCAAGAGCUUUCAAAGUUGUUGGAAAUCCUUUGAUUUGUGGCCAAAGUUCUGGGAACAAUUGUUCAGCAGUCUAUCCAGAACCGCUGUCCUUCCCGCCAGAUAGUUUAGAAGAUCAAAGAGCAAGAAGUAAAAACCAUCAUGCGGCUGUUGCUUUUGGAGCAAGUUUUGGUGCUGCUUUCUUGGUUAUAGUAGUCAUAUCACUGGUUCUUUGGUGGCGCUACCGACAUAAUCAGCAGAUCUUCUUUGAUGUCAAUGAACAAUAUGAUCCAGAGGUAUGCUUGGGUCACUUGAAAAGGUAUGUCUUUAAGGAAUUGCGAACUGCAACUGAUCAUUUCAGCUCAAAAAACAUUUUGGGUAGCGGAGGAUUUGGAGUUGUGUACAAGGGCCGCUUAAAUAAUGGAACUGUCGUGGCUGUCAAAAGAUUAAAGGACUACAAUGCUGUUGGUGGUGAAAUCCAAUUUCAGACAGAAGUUGAGUUGAUUAGUUUGGCUGUCCAUCGAAAUCUUCUCCGUCUUUGGGGUUUUUGUUCAACUGAAAGUGAACGGCUUCUUGUUUACCCCUAUAUGCCAAAUGGAAGUGUAGCAGCACGGUUAAAAGAUCAUAUCCAUGGCAGGCCAGUUUUGGACUGGUCAAGGCGGAAAGGAAUAGCAGUAGGUACAGCAAGAGGGCUAGUAUAUUUGCAUGAACAAUGUGACCCCAAAAUUAUCCAUCGUGAUGUGAAAGCAGCCAACAUUCUGUUGGAUGAGGAAUUUGAAGCAGUUGUUGGAGAUUUUGGGUUAGCAAAGCUCUUAGAUCACCGGGAUUCUCAUGUAACGACUGCUGUGAGGGGCACAGUUGGUCACAUUGCUCCAGAAUAUCUUUCAACGGGUCAAUCGUCUGAAAAGACUGAUGUGUUUGGUUUUGGUAUCUUGCUUCUUGAGCUAAUUACAGGUCAGAAGGCUGUGGAGUUUGGACGAGGGGCGAACCAGAAAGGUGUUAUGCUUGAUUGGGUAAAAAAACUUCAUGUAGAGAAAAAGCUGAACCUUAUGGUGGACAAAGAUUUGAAGAACAACUUUGACGGGAUUGAACUUGAAGAGAUGGUUCAAGUUGCACUUCUGUGUACCCAUUUUAUUCCAACUUUUAGGCCAAAGAUGUCGGAGGUAUUAAGGAUGUUGGAAGGAGAUGGAUUAGCUGAAAAAUGGGAGGCUUCACAAAAAGUAGAGACUCCUACUCCUAGGUUCACAACAUCUGAAAAUACACCAAAAAGAUAUUCUGAUUAUAUACAAGAAUCAUCACUAGUCGUCGAAGCAAUGGAGCUUUCAGGACCUAGAUGAUGACAUCUGCUUCUAUUCUUGCCUUGAAAAUCUGCCUCUGCCUGUAUUAUUAAUCUGUAAAAAAGAAAAGGUCAACUCUCAAUUUUGAUAAAAUAAAAUGUGCCUUUUCAUUUUCUCAA